AUGCGUGCCGACAGCACGAAUUGGAUCCGCGUCGUUGUGAGGGACGCACCCUUUUUGAGCGAUGAGUGCGCUGCAGCCAUACACCGUCAUUGGGAGCGAUGGAUGCCCAUCCGCAUCAACGUAUCCACAAGGGACCUGGACGAUACCGGGAAGCAUUGGAUCUUAGAGAGGUACUACGCACUGAAUUCAUUGAAUGACAAUUGCGAGUGUGAGGGUGACGUAUCCUCUGCGCACGGGAUCAUUCUUGAGGAUGAAGUUGUUCCUGCUGCUUUCAAACCGCAUGCGGAUCGUCUGCUCGUGCAGCCACUGGAGGGUCCUUUGAUUGUUCCCCCAUUUGCCACGGGCAGCGUUUGCAUUCGGUUCACCCACCCGCACAUGGCCAGCCGCAGCACGGUGAGGCAUGUUGCCGGUGUGCGUGGCAGAGCGCUGUCGGUGGUGGUGCACUCGGCGACUUCCGCGAUGUCUGCAGGGGAGCACCACGACUGCGACGACAUUGAUGGCAUGGAGCUGCAGGAUGACGAUGGGAGCGGGAGGACGCUGGAGUCGCACUGGUCGUGGCGCCACGCGAGGGAUGAGUGGAUGGCACCGAUUGGGGGCGCCGGCUGCUGCAGAGGAAGUGCUCCGCACCGAACAUGA